UGAUCUGAGGAUUGCUCUUCUGGGUUCGAGUGUGUCUGAAAACAGUCUGGUGGGGAACUUCAUCUUAGGACGAGCAGCGUUUGACAGUAAAGCUCCUCCAGAUGUUGUAGAGAGAGUCGGAGGAAGACUGAAGGACAGACACCUGAUCAUCAUCAACAGUCCUCAGCUGCUUCAGAGGAACAUCUCAGAUCAUCAGAUCACACACACAGUGAGAGAGUGUGUGUUUCUGUCUGAUCCAGGACCUCAUGUGAUCCUUCUGCUCCUCAAACAUGAGCCGUGUUCAGCAGAAGAUCAGGAGAAGCGUGUGGAGAAGGUGCUGCUCUCUUUCUCUGAGCAGGUUUAUCAACACAGCAUGGUCCUCACAACACAAGAGCCCACAGAAACCAGUGACGUCCUACAGAACAUCAUUCAGAAGUGUGCAAACAGACACUUCAGUCUUCAGAGGAGCAGCUCUCCUGAGGAUCUGCUGCAGACGCUUGAGCACGUUGAGAAGAUGAAUGAUGGACGAUAUCUGCACUGUGCUGAAGCUUCACAGCGUUUCACCAUGAAGAAACAGAGCACAGCGAGAGUUUCAGAGGCUGUGAAGCUGAAUCUGGUUGUGUGUGGGAGUGACAUGAUGUUAAAAUGCUCCGUAUCAGAGCAGAUCCUGCAGCAGACAGACAGAAGAUCAGACGUGGAUCUUCAUGAUCGUCAGAUCAGUGUGAUAGAGCUUCCAGCUCUGAUUCGUCUCUCAGAAGAGGAAGUGAUGCGUCAGACUCUCCGCUGUGUGUCUCUCUGUCAUCCUGGAGUUCAUGUUUUCAUCAUCAUUAUUCCUGAUGCUCCUCUCAAUAAUGAAGACAGAGCAGAAACAGAGAAGAUCCAGAAGAUCUUCAGCUCCAGAAUCAACAAACACAUCCUGAUCUUCAUAAAGAAGAGAUCAGAGCGUCAGACAGAAGAACUCAGUGAAGAAACACAGUCUGUCAUUCAGAGGUUCGGAGGAAGACAUCAGCUCUUUGGUCCAAAAACACAGGUGUCCACAUUGAUGGAGAACAUCGAGCAGAUGCUGGAAGAAAACAGAGGAGAGUGUUUCUCCACCGAGAUGUUUCUGGAUACACAGAUGAAGAAACUGAUGAAAUAUGAAGAGAUGAGGAAAAAAAACAAGUCACUAGAGACACAUUUACUCUCACAAGGUUCAUCAGAGAAAGAAGAUGAGCUGAGGAUUGUUCUGCUGGGAAAAACUGGAGCUGGGAAAAGUGCAACAGGAAACACAAUCUUAGGAAGAGAAGCGUUUACAGCAGAAGAAUCGUUUGAAUCAGUGACUAAAGAGAGUCAGAGAGAAUCAUGUGAAAUCAACGGUCGACGUGUCACUGUGAUCGACACUUCAGGACUGUUUGAUACUGAACUCAGUAAUGAGGAGAUCCAGAGAGAAAUCACUCACUGUGUCUCCAUGAUCCUGCCUGGACCACAUGUGUUUCUCUUACUGGUUCCACUGGGACGAUUCACUAAAGAAGAAGAAACAUCAGGGAAGAUCAUCCAAGAGACCUUCGGUGAAAACUCAUUAAUGUUCACCAUGGUGCUCUUCACCCGAGGAGACUCUCUGAAGAAGAAGACCAUCGACCAGUGUUUGGGAAAACCUGGAUCUCCUCUGAUGAAGCUGAUCGAAGCGUGUGGAAACAGAUAUCAUGUGUUCAAUAAUAAUCAGCCUGAAGACCGAACACAGGUGACUGAUCUACUGCAGAAGAUAGACGACAUGCUGAAAGAGAACGGAGCGAGUUUCUACUCAUGUAAGAUGUUCAGAGAGAUGGAGAGAGAGAAACAAGAACUACAGAUCAAGAUCCCGAUGGACAGAGUCACAGAAAAAGAGGAAGAACUCAGAGAAAGAGAAGAACGAUAUAAAAGAGAAAUGAAGGAACAGGAGAAGAUUAGAGAUGAGAUGAAAAGAGAAAGAGAGAUGCUUAAAGAUGAAAUGAAGCAAGAAAAAGAGACUGUGAAGAAAGAAAAAGAAAAACUACAGAUAGAAAUAGACAGACUGAUGAACAGAAUAGAGUAUGAGAGAAAGAGAAGAAAAGAAGAGUUUAAUGAGAGAGAAGAAAGAUAUAAAACACUUAUGAAAGAGAGAGAGGAUAAAGAGAGAGAGAUGAAAGAGGAGAUGAAGAGAGAACGAGAGGAAUGGGUGAAACAGAAACUAGAGGAGAAGAGGAUGAUAGAAGAAGAGAGAAAGACAAACAGAUUCAGAGACUGA